UUUGCUUCAGAAUGGGAAUUCGAUUUGUCUAGAAUGUGUUCAUUUCUGUUCAUCCAAAAAUACAUAUGUAUUUCAAAUUGCUGAUGUAUUUCAUAUUUCCAACAAUGAAUGGAUAAAGCAUUGAAAUCAUUAGUAACAUUUACGAUGGCGUAUCAGUGGUGACAAUUGACAUUGACAGUUGCUUUUUUAAAAAUCGUCGGAUCGGUUUGAACGUGCUUUAGUUUUAAAACUUUUUUAAUGAAUAUGACUGCGUUAAAAUUUAAGCAAUUUUUACUGUACUUUUUUUUCUUCGCUAGCGGUUGCUUUAAAGCUGUUCGAUCAAGUGAAAGCAAAAUGUUGACGCUUUUCGAUUUCACAAAAACCGAAUCUGUGAAUAAUUGGAUUGAAGUGUCUGACACAGUGCGGCGAGGUGGAAGUUCAAAAGCUGUAUUGAGUUUGCAAAAGACUCAAUUAUUCCAAAACGCAAUUUUCUUUACGGUAUUGAAUCCAUUGCAGCCACAACAUGCCGGCUUUGCCGGAGUAAAAACCGUGGUCGAUUUAAAUCUAACUGAUUACAAAAAUAUCACAAUUAGAUGCAAGUCACAAGGUCAAAAUGAGCAUUAUAAAAUCGUGCUCAAUCAUAAAGGGCAUGGCACGGACACCAUAACUUAUGAACAAUUUUUCCAAGUUCCAUUGUCGAAUGUCGAAUUUGAUGAUUAUGAUCUAUCAUUUGCCGAUUUUAAAGCCUAUUUUAGAGGUCAAGAAGUUAAAGACGCUGAACCUUUGGAUUUAGCACGUAUUACUUCAUUUGGUAUCCAAAUUUUUGCUGGCGUUUAUACGGAUAUAAAACAAUCAGGCGUGUCUGCUCUAUCGAUUGAAAAAAUACACGCUACCUAAGAGUUGAAGACCUACCAGAAGAAAAGAAUGGAAAAUGAACUCUGCAAACUUUUUGAAGUUUGACUUUUAAAUAUUGUUAAUUUAUCAAUUGAAAUUAAAUAAAGGUUUAGAAAAAAAAAUUAUUCCCACAUUGUGAAAA